AUGGACGCUACAACUGAUGGUUCGCCCUAUAUAGGCGACUUUAAACUAGUUCCACCUUCACCGCGUCGUGAGCCUGCAGAUCUAGACUUUGACAACCCAUCUUUCAACCUCGCCGACCCGAACAACACCCACACUCCCAGUUACAACGGUUCUUACUACAACUCUCCGUUUUCGCAGCAUUCUGAGCUCUCGUUCUCGGGAGAGGAUAUAAACUACGAUAUCUUGUCGGAACUCCACGCCAUGAACGAUUACGAACCAUCCGACUAUGACGCCCCUUCUGGGUCGACCAACCAGGCCUCAUCUUUGCUCAUGUUCACGCAGGAUGCCGAUUACAUGUCGCCACACUUUUCACCACCUGCAGACCAACAGCAGCACAAACUGCAAGAGCAAGAGCAACAGCAGCAGCAACAACAACAACACCGAACCCAUGGGUCGCCUUUUGACCACAGCUCACCAGCGAGCAGCAGCGGCGAUCCGCACGAUAUCGGACAUCCAUACAGCAAUGCUGCAACGAACAAUAGUAGCGGUGGGGCUGGGGGAGAUGGUCGACAUUCGCGCGCGUCUUCAGUCGCAUCGCUGCACGGGAACAGCCAGUCGCCCCGCCCCUCACCGUCCCCGCAACCCUACCAACAGCAGAACCCUCAGCCCCACCCGUCGCCCCGCCUCGAUGUAGCACAUUCGUUUGGGAAUAUGUCGGUGCACACACCAAACUGGGGCACGCAACCGUUGCCUGCGGCCAGCUUGGGUGGUUUUGCGAACCCAAACACCUCACCGUCACCGAACAAUCUGCGGAUGCACUCUCCGUUACCCUCACAGAAGCCGCAGAGCCCACCCAGGCUUCUCAUGCCGGACGAAUACGAGGCACCAAGUAUCUUACAGCAGCAGCAGCAAGAUAGCAGCAUGCUUACAGCUGUGCCCAAGAUAAACGCCCCGGGAGACGACGAUAUGGAGGGGAAUAAUGGGAAUGCUGAAGGUGCCGGAGGCGGCGGACCGAGAUUUCACAUUGUUCCUGCAACACCCAUUAGUGGUGGAGGCGAUGGGCAUGCCAAUGUUCCUUUCCAGCAAACUCUCGCAACGCUCACCCAAGGUCAGUUUUUUUCCCUGGCUUAUCGCCUGUGA